ACGACGACGCCAGCAGGAGCCUCGCAUUCGACAGCAGACCUACUCCCGCACAGACGACGAGCAGCCGCGAGACGCAAGGCCGCCGCCGAAUCCUCCCCUUCGGGGGCUGCAUCAUCACCAACACCUCCAACACCACCACCACCACCCGGAGGCUCAUCGCCACCACCGGAUGCCAACGAUGUCCUCCCCACACAAGACGCCUCGUCGUCCCUCACGACCGCCGCCGCGAAGCAGAGCAGCAACUCGAUCCGGCGGCAGCUCUCGCUGUUCAUGGCCCUCUCGAAGCCGCGCCUGACGGUGCUCGUCGUGCUCACCUCGUCGGCGACGUACGCGCUCUACCCGGUGCCGGCCUUCCUCUCGCCCGCGAUCGGCCUCGCCGACACGCCCUCGCUGUCCCCGCUGACGCUCCUCUUCCUGACCACGGGCACGGCGCUGUGCUCGGCCAGCGCCAACGCGCUCAACAUGCUCUACGAGCCCGACACGGACUCGAAAAUGUCGCGCACCCGCAACCGGCCCUUGGUCCGGGGCCUGCUCUCGACCCGCCGCGCCUGGCUCUUCGCGGCCGCCGCGGGCGUCGCGGGCGUCGGCGCGCUCUGGUUCGGCGUCAACCCGACCGUCGCGUUCCUCGGCUUCGCCAACAUUGCCAUCUACGCGGGGAUGUACACGCCCAUGAAACGCCUGUCCUGGCUAAACACCUGGGUGGGCGCCGUGGUCGGCGGGAUCCCACCCCUGAUGGGCUGGGCCGCGGCCGCAGGCGAGUCCGCCACGGGCGACGGUUCCUUCCGGGAGCUGCUCUUCACGGCCGACGCCGCGGGCGGGUGGCUCAUGGCGGCCCUGCUGUUCGCCUGGCAGUUCCCGCACUUCAUGGCGCUCUCGUGGCCCAUCCGCGACGAGUACAAGGCCGCGGGCCACCAGAUGCUCGCGUGGAUCGACCCGGCGCGCAACGCCCGCGUCGCCCUGCGCUACAGCAUCGCCUUCCUACCCAUCUGCAUCGGCCUGUGCGCGGUGGGGGUCACAGAGUGGUCCUUUGCGGUCACGAGCCUGCCCGUGAACGCGUGGCUCAUCCGCGAGGCAGUCCAGUUCUGGAAGUACGAGGGCCAUAAAGGUAGCGCGAGGGGUCUGUUCUGGGCUAGCGUCUGGCAUUUGCCUGUGCUCAUGGUGCUCGCGCUCGCGCAGAAGAAGGGCAUGUGGGGCCGCGUGUGGAGGAGUGUGGUGGGCGAGCCGGAGCUUGAUGAGGAUGAUGAGUGGGAAUACGAGGACGAUGAU